AGCAGGCCGGCCCGGGAGACUGGCGAAGGUGACAGAUGGAGCGGAGCAGCGAGGGGUCUUGAGAAGCAAUGGCCACAGAAGCCCCUGUGAACAUCGCACCACCUGAAUGCAGCACUGCUAUCGGCACAGCAGCUGACACCUUCAUCUGGCGGCCAGAGCCAGUAAACAUGCAUGUUCUAAGGCCCAAGUCCGCCAAGGGGCGUACACGGCCAAGUCUACACAUAUCGCAGGGCACGGGGGUGUGCUCCAGCCGCACACCUUCUUCUCCGCCUCCAGCCAUGCCCUGCGAGUCACCAAGCAGCUGGAAACCAGGAGCCUGCACACCCAAAUCUCCGAAUCAGGGAGCUCCUGAUGAGAUCCCCGAGCUGCUGCAGCAGGUGUCCUUCGGGGCUUCCUCGUCUCUCAAUAAAUACCCAGUCCUUCCUUCCAUCAACAGAAAGAACCUGGAGGAGAGGGCUGGGGAAACAGUAGCUAAAAAGGCCAGCUCACUGCAACUGCGCAGCAUCAAGGCUCAUUAUCAAGAGGAGACUUGCACCAUGAAGACAAGUGAAGAAGAUUCCAGAGCUCGAGCCUGUGCCCCAGAGGAGAAGGUCAUCAUCCAAACCAAGAGACAGGGCUCCUCCAGGACUGGAAACUUAGAGGAACCGUCAGACCAAGAGCCAAGGCUGCUGCUUGCUGUCAGAUCACCGACCGGCCAAAGGUUUAUACACCAUUUCCGGCCAACGGAUGACUUACAGACCGUGGUUGCUGUGGCUGAACAGAAGAACAAGACCACCUACCCACGCUGCAGCAUCAAAACUAUGGAGGUGCCCAGGAGAAGCUUUUCUGACCUCACCAAAUCUCUGCAAGAGUGUAGAAUCCCCCACAAGUCAGUGUUGAGCAUCUCACAGGAAGACCAGGAAGGGUGGCCCUGA